AGCAUGACUGCAGGAAACCAUUCUGCCGUGUCAGACUUUGUGCUUCUGGGAUUCUGUCAGUCAUGGAAUGCACAGGUCCUACUCUUCGUGGUAUUUCUCCUGCUUUACCUGAUCACUGUGUCUGGAAAUGUUGUCAUUGUCAUCUUAGUCAUCACUGAACCCCGUCUCCACUCCCCCAUGUAUUUCUUUUUGGCCAACCUGUCCUUUGUUGACAUGUGGCUUUCCACAAACACCACACCUAAGAUGAUCACAGACUUUCUCAGGAAGCACAAGACCAUUUCCUUUGCAGGCUGCAUGUCCCAGAUCUUCUUCUCCCAUUUCAUCGGAGCACUAGAGAUGGUGAUACUGGUGAUAAUGGCCUAUGACCGCUAUGUGGCCAUCUGCAAACCACUCCGCUACUCAGUCAUAAUGAGCUUUCAAAGGUGCAUUGUGCUGGUUGGGACUGCCUGGAUUAUCGGUUUUGUGCAUGCCAUAAGUCAAACUGCUCUGAUUGUGCAGCUGCCUUUCUGUGGCCCCCGGGAGGUAGGCAGCUUCUUCUGUGAUAGACCACUAGUGAUGAGGUUGGUCUGCAUGGAUUACAGCACCUUGAACAUCUUACUGAACCUCGAUUGUGGAGUUGUGGCAGUGACCUGCUUUAUUUUGUUGCUGAUAUCCUACUCACAUAUUCUUGUCACUGUGUCGAGAAGCUCUAAAGCUGGUGCAUCCAAGGCCCUGUCCACCUGCUCUGCCCACAUCACAGUGGUGGUGCUCUUCUUUGGACCCUGCAUCUUCAUCUACGUGUGGCCACUCAACAUCACCUGGAUGGACAAGUUCCUUGCUGUGUUUUAUUCUGCUUUUACACCUGUCCUAAAUCCAGCUAUAUAUACACUGAGAAAUAAAGACAUGAAAACUGCUUUAAAGACAUUGAGUAGCUACUGUGUGGAUUUCAAGAGAAAUACUUAA